AUGAAUUUUACUGAUCCUUCUUCCUCUUCGACACGACGAAAGAAUGAUUUCGCCAUUCAUUCCUGGACUCUCAUCACGAUGGUAUGGAUUUUGAUUUUAUUAUUCCAAGAGCCAAUUUUCUCGUCAUCAACCGACACCAUCUCCGCAUUCACAACAACAACAACAACUAUAUCCGCCUCUUCACCUUCUGGUUUAUCCUUUUGUGCCAUUGCCAAUACGUCUCUCAUUCCUCUCACUGCAACUAUUUUGGAUGAACAACAACAAGCAGCAGGAAUUCAAUGUCCUUUUGGAUUUAUUAAACGAGAAAUGAUGACCAUGACGAGCAACAACUCUGCGCAUGUGAAUUUUGCAUGUGUCCGUGUCAUGGAUUUGUUGAAUGAAAUUGUGGACCGCAAAGAUUGUGAAUUUGAGCCCUCGUCCAAUUCUCCUGGAAUGGAUGAACUCGAUGGUGAAGGUCCCAAUCUCGAUCUCACGAAUUGUGUCUUUGACUUUCUUCAUUGUUCUCCACGUACUCGAAAAUGUACCUUUACGAAUACACGGGCACAGGGAGACGCAUGUGUCGAUCGAUAUUCAUGUGUGGGAUCACUCCAACAGAUCACCACGAAUUGUCAUGAAGGAAGAUGUACCACCAUGAAGCCAAAUCCAACGCUUCCGGUUGGAGCUCCUUGUUAUCCUUUUGUGACAAGUGACAGUUAUGGGGCCUAUACAAUCAUGACAACCUCGCAAAACAGUCUCUCUUUCGUACAUGUUCUCAACAACACGUAUGAUACUUGUAUUCAGAAUGCCAUUUGUUCCAAUACGAACGGAACGAAUUAUCAAUGUGUUCGAUUACAAACGAAACGAGCUGUGAAAUCUGAAACGUGUGGAGAAAAUCAUAAAUUCUCAAACGUCCAAGAUAUGAGUUACAAACUGUGUCAAAGUGGUACUUCUUGUGAACCAUUACACACUUCCUUUUCCAGAACAGCAACAAGUUCGAAAAAAGCAUGUGUGCCUUACUUGAUGGCAAAUGAUUUCAGAGAUAUUUUUCGAUAUCCUUUCAAUUCAAUGGUUUUAGUGUAUCAAGAUUGUCCAUUGAAUUACAAACAAAGUUCUACUUUUAUGGGUAAUAGAGUGUUGUGUGUGAAAAAUGGAACUGAAAUGUGUUUACAUAACAACGCUUGUGGUGGCCAUGACACGUUUAACAUUAGACCAAGUUAUUCGUUUAGAACUACUCCCUAUCCAAUCUAUUUCAGAAGAAACUUCAUGUACAAGUUCACUAAAUGUGACUCGUAUACCAAGCAAUGCACUCGAAUAUUUGGAAAAAUGAAUGAAAUGCCAUGUGAAGAUCAUGCACAAUGUCGUUCUGGUUAUUGUGCUGCGAAUAAGAUUUGCUCUGAAUUGCCAAAACAAAUACCUUGCGGACCAAGUGUCUCAAACCCUUCAGUCUCGAAUUGUCCUGGCUAUUCACAUUGUGUUUGUGCCAACUCAACGAGCGGAGUUUGUGUGAAUUUAUGUUUUGCAGAAUUGGCAGAUUUACACACAUGUGCCUAUAAUCAUGGUGUGAUUGGAAAAGUGAGUCCAGUUUCUAAAAUGGAACAAUCCUUAAUUCCAUUCAUUGAUCGAGCAUCUUCAGUGUUCUCUCUUGAAAAUGGAACAUGCAAAGAAUUUAUGAACAGAUAUUACGAAUGUAUGAGAUACGUUCAAGAUGCAUUGAAUCUGGAGACACAUUCUCUUUCAACCUUCACGUCAUCCUCUCCAAUGACCACUCCUUCUGUGAAUGAUCGAGUUUUUUACGACCUUACCACUAAAAGCAUUGUUUCAACUCCACUCUUUUCUAUUCAAGUGAAUGAGAGUUACGUACCUACUUCUGUGGAACCCAUUCAACUCAACCAUGUGGAUAUUUUGAAAGAUUCAUCUCUGUUGAUGAAACUUUCAAGCUAUUACAAAAGCAUCCUAAUUUCAGAUCAAGUAGUCGUCUUGACGAUGGAACGAAUGGUUGGAUUAAUUCCUAGAUACAAGGCCAAAACGAUGAAUUACCAGAAUAUCAAGGCAUGUGGUUGUUGCAACUUAAAUGUGACCAACUAUCUCGAGUCAUCGAUUGAUGCAGGAAUUUUGUUACAAUCUCAAAAUAUGAAUACCUCCAUGUAUUUGAACAAGAUAGACUUGACGAUCCAAAUUUCUGGAUUUGAAUCGAUCAUGGGUCAUGAUUCGUUUUUAAAUCGAAACUGGUAUGAACAGUGUGACAUCAUUUUAGCUCCUCCCCAAGAUAUUGACUUGAUCACACUCUCCAUUAAGAACAACAUGUUAAUAUUGGAUGGAAAUUCAACAACAGGUGGCUAUUCCAUUCAAGAAUUGGAACAACGAUCCAUGACUGAUUUAUUCAUGGUAUUCACAACAAAUUUACCAACAAAAGUGUUAACGGUUUCAAGAGACGUGAGAGAUGCAGCCAUGAUCCAUUCACCAUUGCUUGACAAGUUAUUGACAAUGAUCAGUGCUGUCAUGAUUCAAAAUUAUAACAAUUACAUGCAACUGUUGAGCAUCUCGUACAAUUUCACAGAUUGUUCCAUGUUCAACUCGACCAUGAGUGUUAAGGACUAUCAUGCAAGAAUUUUCUCUAUUCCUCUCGUUUUUGAUUACAGUUUUCCAUUACCUUUUUCUUCAUCUUCGUUUAUUGUUGAAUAUGAUUCAUGGUUUGCAGUUAAUAUUACGAAUCAAUAUCGACUAUAUCCAGAAGAUGGUCUUUCCAUGAUGGAUAAACUUGCUAAUCCUAAUUGUUACAGCAGCUACAACUCCUAUUUAGGAGUGUUCCAUUACAAUGACGUUUCUCAAUAUUGGGAAUUGAUUUUGAAAGAUUUCAUGCUGUUUCUAAACAAAUACUGCCAUGAAACGAAGAUUAUUGGUCCAUACAUUGCACCCUUGUCCAUCAUGAUUAUUUGCUUGAUGUAUAUUGAACCUGUGUUAAUGUCACUUUUCAAAACUGUUGGAAAGAAUGUCCUACCUCUGAUUCCCGUUCCAAACAUUUUCAUGUCCAUUCUCAGUGCCUCCUAUAUCAUUAUCUCUGCUCGGUUUUAUUAUUUGAGAAAUCUCUAUCAAAUUUUAAAACAUUUUCAAGUGGCUCUGUCUCGUUUAAGAAUUUUCAAAUUUUUGGUUCAUCCUGUCAUGAUCUUGUUGUUGGUGGCUGUCACGUCAGCACUCUUAUUUGGACUUUGGUUUGGAAUCUUUUAUGGAAUUUUGAAUAGUAUCAUCAUUGAAAAAUUCGGAAGAUUUGAAUGGACACUUCAGUUUGAUGCGUCGUUGUUGGCUUUGACGACACAAUUUGGAUUUUUGAGUUUAUUUUCCAUUCUUUGUUUGGUUAUUGAUGGAUUUUCGAAUAGGAACAAGAUUCGAAGACAUGGUUUUGGAUAUUAUUUCAUGUUUGACGAUCCGUUUCAUUUGAGAGUGGAUAUUGUUUCUCAAAUUUUAAUAUUUUUGACCUCCAUUCUCAUUGUGUUGGACAUUUUUGUUUGGAAUACUCUAAUCAUUAACCGAAUUGGAAUUGUAUUAUUCUUUCUUUGUAUCUUAAUGAUCUUUGGAGGAAAUGUCAUGCUAUGUGAAUCUAUUUCGUUUUUGAUCAGCAAGAAAUGGAUGAAAACUGCAUGGUGUUCUGAAAUACCAUCAGAGGAGCUCACCUAUCUUGAAAAAGAAUGGUACGAACAUAUGAAGGAUGAAAAUUUCCGAGAAUUACAAGAGACAUUUGCAAAUAAUUUGCUUUCCAUUGAAAACAUUCUCUGCUUCGAAGUCUUGGAGCAGCUCGAAAAGAAACAACUCACAUUGGACGAUAUUCUUGAAUUGGAUGCCAUUAUUCAUUCCGUUAACCUUUCUGCCGACUCUCGUAAUUUAUUCCAACAACUCUUAACCGAUUUCACCAAUAAUCCAACCAUGACGAUUGCCUUUCAACAAUUGGAAUCGAUCAAAAUUGAACUUGUCCUUCAAAAUAUUCUUCCAUCCAUUUUCAUGCCACUCAAACAAAGAAAGGAAUAUUUGAAAUGGAAACAAGUCGAUUUGAUGCAGAAGGAAGCAAAUGUCGUGGACGUCGCCAAAUUUACUUUGUAA